AUGGCGGCGGCGCAAGCAAACCGCGCGUACAGCGACGCAGAGAUGAUUUACAACUACCAUCGGAUGAACAUGCCCCUGCACCAGCCUGCAGACGCCAUCUUCUGCCUCUGCAGCCUGGACACGCGAGUGGCCGAGCGGGCGGCGCAGCUCCUCCUCGACGGUUUUGCGGGUGAUGACGGCAUCCUCAUAUUCUCGGGCGGCAGCGGCAAACUGACCGAGGCGCGCUUCUCCGAGCCCGAGGCCGAAGUCUUUGCCGCCGUCGCCAGGCGCAUGGGCGUGCCGGCGGGCAGGAUCCUCGUCGAGCCCCGCUCGUCCAACACGGGGGAGAAUGUGCGCUUUACGCGGGCGUUGCUGCGCGACCGGGGUCUGGAUCCGCGCAGCUUCAUCCUGGUCCAGAAGCCGUACAUGGAGCGCCGGACAUACGCCACGUUUGUAAAGCAAUGGUCUUGCUCCAAGGCGGGGGACGUGGAGGGGGAGGAGGGGGCGGAAGGAGGAGGUUUACAGCAGCGACAACAACAGCAGAAGCAGCCCGCGUUUACAGUCACGUCCCCGCAGAUGACGUUUGCGGAGUAUCCAGACCAGGACAACCCCAGGGAUAUGGUCAUCAGCAUAAUGGUGGGGGACCUAGUGCGCAUCCGAGAGUACCCCGCCAGGGGAUUCCAGAUCUCGCAGGACAUUCCCGAUGAGGUGUGGGAGGCUGGGCAAAGACUCAUACAGGAGGGGUACAACACUCACCUUCCUUGA